GCGGGUUCAAGGCAAAGACAGUUAUCAGCUUUACAGAAGAGGAGGACAAUUAAUGUUUUCAUUCACUAGGAUUUAAAGUACAACUAGGGAGAGAGAAAACACCAUUACAGUGUAUAUAAAUGGCUCCUAUUGUGUGAUGACUAAUAGUCCAGGUAGUGGCAUCCAGCUGAGUUCUAACAGUUUGUCUGCACUCUUCCCCAGGCCUAGUCUGUGGGCUGCAGGGGGCCAGCGCUGACUGACAGAGGUCCUGCCGUGAAAGGCGGAGAGCUCCUCAUGGACCUCAGCAUGCAGCCCCUUUCCCAGGCCCGCCUUGAGGCCUCCGGCCACUCUGCAGGAGGGUCCCACUCCGCUCUCAGACCUCAUCCACAGACCUGUGGGGCAGAUGCGAUGUUGCCUUCGAUAAAUACUUUUGCAAGCAACCAGAUGUUAGACGAAAAGCAGUCUGCAAUUGUUCGGGACUGGAAAGUUGACCAAACUAAAUCUAGCGCGACAGUUGGAGACGUGAGACCCCUCAUCGAGGUGGAGUUCAGCAUUGUUGAAUCUCCACCUUUGGCCAAAGACGAGGAUGAUCUUUCCAAGUUUUUGGAUCUAGAGUUCAUUCUGUCCAACUCCGUCACGUCUGACAACGACAACUCAGCGCAACAGCCGCCCGCAUAUUCUCUACCGGAGUCCCCAGAAAGCUGCAGCACCGUGUACGACAGCGAUGGAUGUCACCCGACGCCGAACGCGUAUUGUGGCAACACCUUUAACGCGCGUCCCGGGCACAGUCUGGUAGCCGAGUUGUUUACUCCGGACGUGAAUUAUCACGGCGACUCGCAUGAAUAUGGUUUAAAAGGACAUUUAGACAGGCUGGAGUACACUGAACUAAGGGCUCUGAACUCUCGAAACCAGGCACAUGUGUCCAAUUCUAAUAGCGUGGGAUACAAAAUAAAAAGUGAAAACCACGAGCAAUCCUGCAUGAUGGUAAAUGACUACAUGGGCCAUUAUUAUGGACAGCAGCACCAGGCUUAUGGGCAUCACGUGCAGCAAGAUAUGCCUCGGGACAUUUUAGGGAGGAAAGACUGCAUCCUAACAGAGAUGAACUCUCACCAUCAUAUUGACAUUGCACAUCAACAGCAGUUCAUGAAUGGCGCAUCUUUUCCACCUCAGUACGCCCAGCAUCAGCACUAUCACGGACAUUACAACAUGUUUAGCGAACCAUUGCGGGCAAAUCACCCAGCCAUGCCAGGUGUGGUGCUGACUCCACCAUCCUCACCCCUCCUGGGAUUUUUAAACCCAGAAGACAGCAAGCCAAAACGAGGGCGUCGGUCAUGGGCACGAAAGCGGACAGCGACGCACAGCUGUGAAUUCCCCGGAUGUGGGAAAACGUACACAAAAAGCUCCCAUUUGAAAGCGCACAUGCGGACACACACAGGUGAGAAGCCCUACCACUGCAGCUGGGAAGGCUGUGGCUGGAAGUUCGCCAGGUCAGACGAGUUGACGCGCCACUACAGGAAACACACCGGACACAGGCCGUUUCAGUGUCACCUGUGCGAGAGAGCUUUCUCCCGCUCAGAUCAUCUGGCUCUGCACAUGAAAAGGCACAUGUAAAAAAAAAAAAAAAAAGAGAGACUAUAUGUAUUUUAAACGACGAGAGGAUUUUAUAUUAUUAAGACAAUUCCUAUUUUGGGACAGCAGUUAUAUGUGAAUAGCAGUAUAAUGUCAUUUGAUUUAAAUUAUGACAGUAUUUAAUAGAAGGAAAAUCUUGCUCAUUUAGAAGGUAAAUUAUGUAGUACUUUCUCAAAUGUAUAAAAACGGGGCAGGACCCAUACUUUUGUAAAUAUGUUUUUUAUUCUCGAUUUAUACAUUUGUAUUAAGUCAGGGAGUAUUUUUUCAUGGAUUUUCAGAAGAAUUAAAAGCAUUGUUCUUUUUGUA